AUGGAAGGUGCAGACGCCUCCAGGAGCAAUGGGUCCAGCCCGGAAGCCAGGGAUGCCCGCAGCCCGUCGGGUCCCAAUGGCAGCCUGGAGAAUGGCACCAAGGUGGAGGGCAAGGACACCAAGACAGCCAACGGGCAUGGUGGGGAGAUGGCCGAGGGCAAAAGCCUGGGCAGCGCCCUGAAGCAAGGGGAGGGGAAGAGCGCCCUGUUCUCCAGCAAUGAGUGGAGGCGGCCCAUCAUCCAGUUUGUGGAGUCCGUGGAUGACAAGGGCUCCGGCUACUUCAGCAUGGACUCUGCAGAAGGCAGGAGGUCCCCAUAUGCGGGGCUCCAGCUAGGGGCCUCUAAGAAGCCACCUGUCACCUUUGCUGAGAAGGGGGAGCUGCGCAAGUCCAUCUUCUCUGAGCCCCGCAAGCCCACGGUGUCCAUCGUGGAGCCGGGGGAGAUCCGGAGGAACAGCUACCCCCGGGCUGACACAGGCCACCUGCUGCGGGCCAAGUCCGGCUCUGAGGAGGUGCUGUGUGACUCCUGCAUCGGCAACAAGCAGAAGGCUGUCAAGUCCUGCCUGGUGUGCCAGGCCUCCUUCUGUGAGCUGCAUCUCAAGCCCCACCUGGAGGGUGCCGCCUUCCGUGACCACCAGCUACUCGAGCCCAUCCGGGACUUCGAGGCCCGAAAGUGCCCCCUGCAUGGCAAGACCAUGGAACUCUUCUGUCAGACAGACCAGACCUGUAUCUGCUACCUCUGCAUGUUCCAGGAGCACAAGAACCACAGCACCGUGACGGUGGAGGAGGCCAAGGCAGAGAAGGAGACAGAGCUGUCACUGCAAAAGGAACAGCUGCAACUCAAGAUCAUUGAGAUUGAAGAUGAAGCAGAGAAGUGGCAGAAGGAAAAGGAUCGCAUCAAGAGCUUCACCACCAAUGAGAAAGCCAUCCUGGAGCAGAACUUCCGGGAUCUGGUGCGGGACCUAGAGAAGCAAAAGGAGGAAGUGAGGGCUGCCCUGGAGCAGCGGGAGCAGGACGCUGUGGACCAAGUGAAGGUGAUCAUGGAUGCUCUGGAUGAGAGGGCCAAGGUGCUACAUGAGGACAAGCAGACUCGAGAGCAGCUGCAUAACAUCAGUGACUCAGUGCUGUUUUUGCAGGAAUUUGGUGCAUUGAUGAGCAAUUUCUUACCCCCACCCUUGCCCACCUAUCAUGUCCUGCUGGAGGGAGAGGGCCUGGGACAGUCACUUGGCAACUGCAAGGAUGACCUGCUCAAUGUAUGCAUGCGCCAUGUUGAGAAGAUGUGCAAGGCUGACUUGAGCCGGAACUUCAUUGAGAGGAACCACAUGGAGAAUGGUGGUGACCAUCGCUACAUGAACUACACAAGCAGCUAUGGGAGCGAGUGGAGUACUCCUGACACCAUGAAGAGAUACUCCAUGUACCUCACACCCAAGGGUGGGGCCCGGACAUCCUACCAGCCUUCAUCUCCCAGCCGCCUCUCCAAGGAGACCAACCAGAAGAAUUUCAACAAUCUCUAUGGCACCAAAGGGAACUACACGUCCCGUGUCUGGGAGUACUCAUCCACUAUUCAGAACUCUGAUGACUUGCCUGCGGUCCAGGGCAGUUCCUCAUUCUCCCUGAAAGGCUAUCCCUCCCUCAUGAGGAGCCAGACCCCCAAGGCCCAGCCCCAGACUUGGAAAUCUGGCAAGCAGACUCUGCUGUCUCACUAUCGACCAUUUUACGUCAACAAGGGCAGCGGGAUCGGGUCUAACGAGGCCCCCUGA